AUUUUCAUACCCCGUCAUCAUCCCUAUUUCAGAUCCCGGAAAGCAAAUUCACUCCGAUUUAUGAUAUGAAGGCACAAGGCUUCACAAUCUGGACCACCACUUUCAAAUCAAAGAUAGUCAGAUUCUGGGUCCUCUCUACAUACUUCGUGUCAUCUGAUCGUCAAACCAGGAUAGCUUCUCAGGAUGCUGAGAAGGUGUUGCGAGACGACAACGUGUACUUCAACAGCUUCAACGGUGUCAAGGGUAGCGUGUCCACCAGCCUCGAGAAGCUGAGCAGCGUCUACACCCAACAGGCCUGCAUCGGAUGGCUAGGUCGCCAAUACACCUACAACAUGACAUCGCUUCUGGAAUGCAGCAGCACCACAAUAUCCCCCUGGGCUCCAUUCUACUACUCCGGACAGUUGGUCGGCCUCAGGUUCAUGGUCUUCGGAACUUUGAAGCUAGACAAGAGUGAUAAAGACUCCUUUGAGUAUUAUUCACACAGUAGCGUCAAGUCUGACGUGCCUAAAGCCUCUAAGUGCUUCUAUAACGCAGCCAAAGCUACAGGAGCCAUAGCUAUGACCCUGGUCUUCAAUAACAACCAUGAGCUGAUCUCCUGUGUCCUAGAGUAAAGAACUGCGAGUAGGUGACCUCCUGUCGAAGAAUUAAAAUAUGAAGAAGUAUAUGUACUGCAUUAUAAUAUAAACGAAUUAAACGAUAUAUUAUAUUA